AUGUCCCUGGGCGGCGACCUCAAGUUCCGCGCGUACGCGGCGCUCGCGGCGGUCGGCGUCGUGGCCGUGCUCGCCGUCUGCUUCUGGCGCCUCUACAGGCUCACUGUGUCCGCGCGCCCGCAGGACAUGUUGCCGUCCGUCGUCUCCGUCGCCGGCUCCUCCUCCCCCGCCGCCGGCAAGGGCGAGGCGGCGCUCAGGCGGUGGGACAUCUCGGCGCUGCCGGUGUUCGUCCACGUCGUCGGCGGCGAGGCGGCGGUGGAGUGCGCGGUGUGCCUGGCGGAGGUGAGGGACGGCGAGAGGGGCCGCCUCCUGCCCCGGUGCGGCCACCGGUUCCACGUCGAGUGCAUCGACCGGUGGUUCCGGGCGAACUCGACGUGCCCGCUCUGCCGCGUCGCCGCCGUCGGCGACCCGGCCGCCGAGGAGGCGCGCAAGGGCGACGCGGUGGUGGUGGGUGUCCCGGCGAUUGUGGUGCAAGGUUGA